CUCCUUCCUCAGCUAUAAAUACACCCAAAACAAACACCCCACUCUGCAAUUUCCACCAUCACAAACACGCCAAUUUCAUUCUUCCUUCAAACUUCACAAAACGAAUGGAAGAGGCAUUUAGAAGGCUGAACGGGUUUACUCGCUCCACCGAACCCGGCCCCAUCUCUGACCCACCAAGGAAGUCAACCACCGCUUCCCCGACCAACAAGCGCAUGCUGAGAGACACCACGACAACAACCGCAGGCACUGGCACCGGCGGCGGCGCAAUGAGAUACCGAGGCGUACGACGAAGGCCGUGGGGUCGUUACGCGGCCGAGAUCCGGGACCCACAGUCCAAAGAGCGGCGCUGGCUCGGCACCUUCGACACGGCCGAGGAAGCGGCCUGCGCCUACGACUGCGCUGCUCGAGCCAUGCGCGGGCUCAAGGCUCGGACCAACUUUGUCUACCCGUCUUCCCCUCCUCAUGCCGCCGUCAACGACCAUCUCCUCCCUCCGUUCAGCUUCCACAAGCAAUCUCAGCCGUCCGUGAAGAGCCGCAACGGCUACGGCGCUGGCCACUCUUCGAGUUGGCCGUCUGUAACGCCGUUAACUCAGUACUCAACAGCUAAUAAUAAUGACGCUACUGCCUCUUCUUUGAACAUGCUCUUCUUUAGGAACUUCAUCAAUUCCUCACCAAACCCAUCUCCGGUUUAUAACCAGUUUCCGUACAAUAUCAGUGGUUCUUCUUCCUCCUCUUCUUCAGCUGCUUUGGUCAACACUACCAGCUGUGGUCAACUUCAUGAAACCAAUAUGUCAGCAAGUCCUAAUUUCAGUUCUACUGGUACUGGCUCAUCAUCUUCCAUGACUGUAGCUACUACCGUUCCUCUCAUGGAUUUUACUACUUCUUCCACCAAACCCACCACCCAUGACGAUCAUUCAGAUUUCUUUGCUGUGGAACCAUCUGAUUCUGGGUUGUUAGAAGAGGUCAUUCACCGCUUCUUUCCAAAACCCACCUCCAAGAAGUCAAUGGACCCUCCAAAAUCAGCUGACUAUGGUGGCCAUAGUAUGAACAACAUUCCUUCAAGUUCCAGCCAGGCCUCUUUUGUGUCUACAAAUCAAGCUCCUCCCUUUGAUGGGCCGACAAAGAAUCAUCCUCAUCAGCAUGGAGGUGUAUGCUAUAACUUCGAAGAAUUGCUGCCCCAGCCACAGCAGCUUGAAAACAGUUUCAGUGUGGGAAUGGAUUAUCAACCACAAGUAUCACCGACGACGCAGGCCGUACCGUUUUACAAUGAUCACGUGCCUAUCAACGUCCAGCUGGGCGGCCAAGAUUACUCCAUGGUCGAUAAUAACAUGUUCCAGUAUCCUGAGUUCAUGGGUGGUUUUGCGGCCAGGGUCCAGAACUGAAGCCCGAGAGACUGAUCUCUCUUGAGUGAUGGGCGAUGCAAGUUAUGCUUUGAAGUUCGAUGAGGUAGCUGAAGCUUAGAGCUAGAUAGCUAGAAAGAAAGUAUGGAUCUAACGAGUUUGCAUGUAUCUUCCUCUUCUCCUGACCUUAGGGUUUUUGUUUUCUUAGGAAGAAGAGUAAUGGAAACUAUUUACUAUGGGUUUUGGUCUUGUUUUGAUUUAGAUUAUCAAUUAUAUAUAUAUAUGUAAGAACUUGUUGUCAUGCGAGCUCAGGUUUGCUUUUAUAUAUUGAGUUUUGAAUUG